CUAAAAUUAUAUAUGGGUCUUUUAUAUGGAUGUAGAGGAAGGGAAGGACCAAGAAAUUAGGAACAGAUUCUCUAAGAGAGUUGCUUGAAUGAAUCAUCAAUCAACAAUGGCUUCCCAAGAAGGAUCGUCACAGAUCAUCAGCCUGAAGGUUCUGAUCGACAAGAAGAACAACAGAGUAGUAAUGGCUGAAGCUGAGAGUGACUUUGUGGACAUUCUUUUCAACUUCUUGACUAUGCCCAUGGGAACCAUAGUGAGACUCAUCAGCAAACAUCCAGAGCCUGCCACUAUUGGAUCCUUGACCAGUCUAUACAAAGAGGUGGAGAAUCUUGAGGAGCAGCUUCUGCAGAGUCACGUAUGCAAGUCCAUGUUACUUCAUCCAAGGAAUCCUUCUGAAACUCGGUGCGGGAAACUGAAACUGAACAUUGAUGAUACGAAGGCCAAGUACUAUACUUGUGCUGAUUGGAUCAAUUGCUGCCGGCGUAGCUGUGGUUAUUAUAGUACUUUUAAGAAUGUUGCAUGCAAUAAUUGCUGGAAAGUGAUGGACAAGGUGAUAUACAUGGAAAAAGAAGAUCCCGAAGGUGAUGGAGGAGUGUUUGUUUGUGGACUGACCAAGUUCAUGGUAACCGAUGAUUUACAUGUAGAGCCCAUGUCUCCGGCUACUAUGUUGACACUGUUGCAGAGACUUGGGAUCAAAGAAAGGAGUUCAAUCCAAGAGAACACACUGAGUAUUGGCUCAGAGGAGAUUCUGAAUCUGCUGAAGGGAUCAUUAUUUUCGAAGACACCUCUAACAGAUGUUUUUCUUAGAAAGCGAGGAUUUACAUCUGAAGCCCUAAAAUUUGAUAUAGGAGAUGCAUUGCAGUCAAAGAGUAGUGGAAGUACUUUAUUCAGAUUUCCACGAGAUAUGAGUAUGAAGUUAACGAUGAGUAAGUCAAUGAACAAAGCAUCAUAUGCUGAAGCUGGCGAAGACAUGGGUAACUUUCUCCUCAGCUUCCUUACCUUGCCUCUUGGAUCCAUUUUACAACUCUUGGAUGGGAAUUCGUCACUGGGAUCCAUGGACAAUCUGUACAAGAGUGUGGAAUGUUCAAAAGUUACAAGGGAUGAUAGUCUAAGGGACCUGUUGCUGCACCCAGGCUUGUGCCAUGGUUCCUACAAUCCACUAGGAGUAAAUGAAACUAAUAUGCCUAAUUACUUGUGGUGUACAAGUUAUGAAAAUCCACAGAAUAAAGAUAAGCCUUACACUGUCUACCUGACUACUGAGCAGCAAUCUAAUCGUGGUUGUACAAAUGAAUAUUGUUAUCGAUUACGUUGUAAGUCUCCAACAACUGAAACAACAGGCCGAGGAUUCCUCAAGGGGCCAUCGACUUUCAUGGUGACAGACAAUUUGGGUUUCACUCCACUAGUCUCAAUGUGGAGUCUCUCUCUUCUUAAAAUCAUGGAGGGUCCCCUAGAUGACUUGGAGGUUCGGAUGGUUAGCGUCGGCGAGGAGCAGGCUUUGAAGCUAUUGAAGGCUACUCUCUUAACCAAAUCGGUACUGACUGAUGUCUUCGUUAACAUUGGCCUAAAGACUCCCAAGCAAGAAAAGUAAAAACCCUUAUAAGGACAUCAUGGGAUUUAAAAUAGCCUUUAUUGAGUUCAGUGACCUUAAUUUGUGUGGGUCGUUUUAUUUAUUAGUUUGCUUAUAAGAUGUGGACUUGUGUUUGGCAUCGAUGUUUCCCUUAUAGAACAACAUAUUAGUCUAUCGCAUUUCUGUAUUUUGUAUUUA